CCUCACCUGAGAAUGAAUAUCUAGGACACUCUUUACUCGACUUCGAAUAUUGAUCAUUUCAGCUAGACAUACAAGUAUCGAAAUGAUUGCUUCAGCAUCUCCCGCUUCCCGACGUCGACCAAAGCCAAAUGACUGAUCACCGAGUUACUGACCUCUCCUACGGUCACCUUGGAAAAGCUUCUUACGAUACAGAAGAAAAUGAGUGGACGUUUUCAAGUGCGAAAGAUCAGAAUCAGCGCAUCCAACAGCUUCUGCCUUUAACGGAACGCUUUCCCCCCUCAUGUCAGAAUGCGCCUAGGAAAGAUGGUUCACCUUAUCAAAUUGCAAAGUCGCAACUGAAGUGGCUUUUGAAGACUCGACCAGAGACAUUUCCUGCAAAUACCAUCACAUCCACCCUAGCGAAAGCUCAUGAUACUUGUCAAACUGAGCUCUCACGCUCUGGAUCCCUCUUGACAGUGGCACGUGCGGUGGACGUCGAUCGAAUAUCCAGAUCUCGAAGACCACGGAUAUUGUGCAUGCCUUGUGGAGGAGCAGGGCAUAUUCUUCAAUUGAUAAGACCCAAUACAGAGAGGCGUGGAUGGGGAAAGCACAGUGCAGCCAAGGUUUCACUCCUCGAGUUGGAGUCAUCAGAGCAAGGCUAUUGGAUUGGAAUAGGUGGUGCCAUUCGGCAGAUUGAGAGUGCUGAUGAUGAGAACGAGUCAGGGACCUGGCUUGCAGUUCGCCAGGACACUAUCAUCACAAUAUUCCGACCUCUGUAUGGCAAACUCUACAAGACCACGGGACCUCCUACUGGAUUUCGCACGGCAAACUCCUCUUCGAGACUCAAUCCUAAUCCUGUGGCUACGUUGACUGGUGGGAGAACAACGUCCGAGGAUUACAUGGAUGUUUCAUUCAAUCCAUGGUAUUCUCGACAAUUUGCGGCGGUAGACGCGCGAGGUCAUUGGUCUAUCUGGGACCUCGAACGACGAGAUGGUAAAGGCUCACCAGAACGGUUGAUAUCAGGGAAGAGAGGAAAUUUUUAUCACGGUCCUGCACUGAAACCCCAUCCAAAUGAUCACCCUGAUGGCUGGUAUCGGAUAUUGUGGGCAUGCAACAUCAACACAAUUGUUGUCUGUAAUAGGCGCCAGAUUUCUGUCAUUGAUAUGAAAUCCGCCCUGGUUAGACUUCCGAGCACUGAAGUUCUCGCUGGAAACAGCACAGAGUGGAUGCUUGAUCUAAAGCGAAGCCCCGAGCAUCUGAAUUACUUGUUUAUUUUGACGACCUCGCGAAUUUUUUGGGUUGAAAUUAUCCCACCUGGGGAACUUGGAGGAGGUCCAACCGCCUCUAGUGGCAUCAAAGUGAUACUUUCGUAUCGGCACUUCAGAGAUCCAAACGACGAAACUCUAAGACUUACUCUGGUCAAUAAUGAUCCCGUCACCGCAUUCAUUUUCUCCGGCAAGAGUCUUCUUAUAAAUUAUUACUGUUUUGGGAUCAACACAGAUGCUCCCGGUUUAGGAACUUCCUUUCAAGGAUCAUUUACACUCACCUCGGACUCCGAUGAGCCUGAGAAGGGCCACAAGUCCUUGCAAACACUGUGUGUUGUGCCAGCGCCCUUGACAUCAACUUCGUUCACAAGCUCUGCGGGGCCAGAACUUCAAUAUCUUGUACAAGACGUCAGAUUCUUCCAAUUAUGGGCCUUAAACGCAGACCUUGGAUUGGAUUCCACACUGUUAUCAGUUCAUAGGUCUGACUCCGAAGGAAUAUCGCGGCCCAGACUGCUUAUUACGGCUCCACCUUUCAAGCUCACGCAGUCCCUGCGUCCCCAAGGACCCCAGUUUGCGAAAGACUCAUUUAUCGUGGCUGAUGGUAUGGACGAUGAGCGUUCUCUUGGCAACGGAUAUACUAUUCAUGACAGUGGGGUGCAUUCUACUACCGGCCGAAACAGAGAUGACCUACGCUUCAGACUGAAUUGGAAGGUGAUCUUCCAGCAAGUCUUUGGUCUUAGCAAUGUCCAAAUCGAAAAUGAUGAUGAAGUUGUUGAAUCAGCAGAGGAUGGAGAGCAGAGACUAAAAGAGUUUCUGGAUCGUGCAUUCUCUCAUAUACAAGAAGGAAUAAAGGAGGAGAAGCUUGCAAGCAGCUCUCUACAUGAGAUUAUCGGAAUUUUAGGCCCUUCGGGAGAUAUUGAGCCAGCCGCUGCGCGUCUUCGCCAGUUUCUGGACGCUCUGCGCCAAGUUUAUAGUCCAGAGGAAACCUCAACAUUCAACUUCGUGCUGUCAGACCUUACAGCAUGCCCCGCAAUUCAGUUCCCCUUGGAGCAAGCAACCAAUCACCCAGACCCAAAGAUUGUCUUCAAUCAACUAAUUGAUAAUUGGAUGGCCAGUCUUCCACGCGACGUUUCGAAUAAGGCACGGCUAUCAAAAUUCAACAUCAUACGUCAGACUGCCGUUGAACUUUACCUGAGUUCUUUUGCGGUGUCGCUCCGAAACAAGGCAACUGAUGUGAACAUCGGGACGGUUCAAAAUGACGACGAUGAUCUUACUCUGCCCGAACCGGACACCGAGUACGGCACAACUAGAGAAAGCUCGCCUGUAAACUUUUCUUCUCGACAGGUUCCAUUCCCUAGGAGUCAGCCAGAUUUCAACUUGCCCACGCCCGCGCAAACGCCCUCAUUGUAUUCGCGUGCUACCUCAGCGUCUGAACAUAAGGAGGAUCCAGCAAUAACCCGCUUGCGGCAAUAUGCAGUCUUCAUCAAACCCAAGCCUGACUUUGGAAAAUCCACGAUUCUCUCACAAUGGCCCUCGAAUCCUGGCAGCGAUCCAGCCAACUACUCGUGGGAAGCGAAACAGAAAGGUGCUGAGGAAGAUCAGCAUGGCGCAGAAAGAGAACAGCGGAAUCGUAAGGAGGAAGCUCGCCGCCGCAAAAGGACGGAGAAGUUUUUGAAUCAAGAGCGAGAUCAGACUGCAGAGGUUACAUCGCAGCCGAUGGUUGUUAUCCCUUCUGGAAGCCAACCUGCAGUUGCCCACAAUGGUUUCAGUUCGCAAACCGUGGAAGAUGUUCCCAUGACUCAACCAGAUAGAGGAGCUUUCGGGAGUCGUUCAGUCCAGAAGAGCAAGAAGGCAAAGAAACAUAGGACUGCAGGAUUUUGAAGAGUAGAUGGAGAUUAGAAGAUAGAGCAGAAGACCGUGGGGAUUUUUUAUGAAUCCGACUACAUUCGGGACCCUCAACAGACGUAGACUCGUUGUAUCAGCACAAUUGAUGGAAAAAUUUCCGUGUUACUGCCACUCCCCUCUCAAUCAUUUGAAGAAUAUCUUGUUCGAUAGUUCGAGGAAAGAGCUGAUCGAGAGUCGUGAAUAAAUCUCUGGAUGAAUGUAAGAAUACAAAGGCACUUUGGUCAUUCAGACUCAGGAUCCAUGUUAUUAUUCAGUUCGAAUUCCGAACAUUUACAAGGUCUCGUCAUCCGGUGUCCGAAGAGUGACUCGAAUAAUAAAGCCCCUGAUCUAGUCAUACACCGCGAAUGUAUGGGGUCGG